CUCGCCUGCAUGUGUAGUGACGAGAACAAGGAUGUAAACUACCUGAGCCUUAUAUAUAGAAGAGACUGUUUCUUACCAAAUAAAGAGGCUGAGGAAGAGAUGAGUCCUAAGCUGCACCACAAUGGAACUGAUAUUAGUGAUCAUUUGUUGGAAAAUAACAAAUUCGUACAUGAUAUUGAAUCGACUGAAUCGAUGGAAUGCAGAAAUGGAUCAGUUGAAUCAACAGCGUCUAGUAAAUUGGAUUAUGAAGAGCAGUUCCAGAUUGAACAUAACACUGAAGUAGAACUUUCAUCAUCCCCCUGGAACGUGAUAGACCAAGACGGCAACAAUGUCAAUGCUCUUCUAGCUUUUAGGAGAGACUGUUUGUUACCCAACACAGAGAUUGAUGAGGAAGAUAUCUUUUUGAGUCCGAAAUCUAAAAUGGGAGUUAUGAUAAGGAUUGAUGACCUGUUGAAGGGAGAUAAUGAUAUGUCAAGCAUAGAGUCUGAUCAAUCCAGUGGCUUCAGUGGAUCAGAUUCUAUGGGUGAUCAAGACGAUCAACUCGAGGGGAAUGAAGAGCUGGCUUCAGAGUCUGCUAAAUCAAGCACAUCGAAUAUAUCGAAUACCAGCUCAACCUCUUUUGAAUUCCCUGUAUUGGAAUGGGCGUGGAUGGGUAGUCCAGUUACAUGGCCAAGAUCAGGGAGGGCAGGGUUCAGAAAGUACAAAUCUCGCCCAGCGUGUCUCAGAUGCUGUAAAUUCUGAAAAAAUUUCCCAAAUUUACAUUUUUUUUUCCCCUUUCCUCAAAACCUCCCACCCCAAAUUAGGAAAUUAUCGCUGGAAAAUUAAGCGUGC